CCAAACACCACGCCCACUGCCCCGGAAACGCCCAAAGUGAACCGGGAGUCCUCUAGCCGAGCUUCGCGGCCCGGCGUGCCAAAUCCGGCAUACACGUGGGACGACUCGAGUAUAAGAACUGAGACCGAAGGACUCGGGAACCCUCGGUGUGCGACCAUUCCGGAGGCGAUGCGGUUUCGGGCGAAGCUCGUGGACGUUGGUUGCAUCAACCACUUCAUACGGCUGCUCACCUGCAUCUCCAAACUGACCAAGGCGUGCACGAUGCGGAUCACCCCUGACCACCUGCACUUCACGCUAUCUGACCGGGCCUCCCAGGGUGCCAUGGGCUUGUGGUGUGAGCUACAGCAGGCCAACUUCUUCGAUAAGUACCAGAUGGACGGGGUCUCUGCGGAGCACAACGAGAUCUACCUUGACGUGGCACCCGAAAGUGUGUCCCGUGCUCUACGCACAGCGCAGGCAGCCAAGUCGGUCAAGAUCAAGCUGACUCGCAAGCACUGCCCAUGCCUCACGCUCGCCGUGGAGCUGUUGACAGUGACAGGAUGCAGCCGUGUGGUCACGCACGACAUCCCCGUGUACGUUGUGCCGCGGCAGAUCUGGUGUGACUACCGCGAGCCCAGCAUGCCCGACUUUGAUGUUGGUAUUUACCUGCCACCCUUGAAAACACUGAAGGGUUUCUUGGAACGGAUGAAGAGCUUCAGCAACUUUGUGGUGGUGGAAGCCAAUCAGAAGGGAGAGAUGAACCUCAAGAUAGAGACGGAGCUUUUGACUGUGACCACACAUUUCCACGACCUGGGAAAGGCACCAUGGGUGAGUGACGGCACACAGCAGAGGAGUGGAGAGGAACGAGACCCAGAAGAAAUGGCGAGUGCACGCACGGACAUCCGGAAACUGCUGCAGUUUGUGUCCAGCCAGCUGAUGACUCCGAAAAAGGCUGUUUGCAACAUAGUGGACAACAGCCUACUGCACUUCACAAUGUUUCAUGAAGACCACAUCCUGCAGUAUUUCAUCCCCGCCAUGACGUUAUGAAAUGUCUUUUGCUCAUUUAUAUUAACAUGGGACUCGUCUGAGCCAGCUAAACUACGAACAUGGUCCAUGUGUGUCAAUGAGUGUGUGAUGGUACCUGUGCGGGUGUGGUAUUGUAGCAUUUUGCGCGCCGUCCUAAAUGCCAGCAACAGUGACGACUAUCUGAAUUGGUCCUGGGCCACCCCUCGUUCAACUCGGCCUCAAAUGAGUACCCGGUGCGGUGUGUAAAUAUUUCCACAGGGGGACAAAGGUGGCCAGGCGUGGUGCUGGCCACCCACCCCAACUUGUGCCGUGCCAGCCUUUAUUGGUGCUUUCUAACAGCACUUGCCCCAACAGUCUGUGAAGGCUCUGGAGGAUCUUUGUCUUUGGUGGUACCUGUUAUCAGUUCAGGAAUCCUACAGUCAGGAGUUGACUCUUUGGCCUUUCUAAGUGCUGUGAAGAAAGGCUGUGUUGCCAGAAAUGUUGCCUACUGUAGAUUUCCCUUGCUUUAUGUGGUAGAUAUUUAAAAAAAAAAAGGCAUACAAAGUGAAACCGCAUGAGACAGAAUUAAAAUCGCAUGUAGCUAAUCAUGGGUAGAAAUGAGCUAGCUGCAUAUCCUAGAAAUCGCACAAACUGAGCCCACAUGAAGCAUGGGAAACCUGUAUAUACUUUUGUUUUCCUUUUAAGGCAGUGCUAUUGACGAAUGUAUUGAGUUUUUUUAAUGUGCUUGUGGACCAUUAACAAUGCAGUAUCGUCAAAUAACUUGUUGAAUCAAGAGUUGAGAUCAUUGUUUUAUGUGACUUAAGUUAUUGCCUAAUGUCAGUUGCGAAUACUUUUGUACGUCUGUUGUGAGUGGUUGGUUUAUUAAGUUGCACUUUGAGCGUUUUCCAAUUUCACGUCGUCAUGUUUACGAGUUUCACAUGUUAAUCAAACGAGUUCCCCGGAAGACAUUGGAAACAGUAUAUAUUCCAAUUCGAUUAUGCUUUUGGGUUAAAAUGCUAAGCCUAACUUUAGGAUACUGUUACGUUUUGAGUUUUGUAUAAAAUUAACAAUAGUGUUCAGGCUCUUUGUCAUUCACUGCUGGAUGAAGGCCUCCCCAUGCCGUGUCAGCUGUGGGUAUCGAUCGACCAUACUUCACGCUGGUCAGUGCGGGUUGGUGAAGGGGAAUCCCCGUUCAGUAUUGAAUUGCCACUAAUGUUAAAUAUUACCAGGAGUCAUAGCACAACGCACAAACCAUAAUUCUACCUUUAUAGUUCUCAAAAUUAGUUUUUUUGUACAUGUAGUGUAAUCCUUUAUUAAAAGCUUCAUCCUUUACAUUGCUUUCAAGGUAUAUGCAACGCCAUUCCUUGUUUUAAUACAUUUUGUACUUAUUGUAAAUGUAUACAGUCUUUAGUUUUAAAACGUUAGCAUCCAUGUGGUCCUGACCAUGUAAUUUGUUUAAUUUUAGGUCGGUGACUGUGAGAGCCACUGUCAUAUCUUGAUUGGUGUAAUUGAAUAAAUUACAGACUGGUUUAAGAAGCGCAUUGUAGAUUAUAGGUCUGGUCAGAAUUUUGCAAUAUAACCAAAUUUGCCAAGUUAUAAACAUAUGCUAUGAAUACAAUCCAUUGCCAAAUUAAACAUUACUUGUGCCAAACAGCUGCCCCUUUUAAAAGGUAUUGGAGUGUUCGCCCACUUACCUCAUACCAAAGUCUGUCACGUGAAUUAAAUUGUUGAGCCUCGAGUUAUGGUCCAUUUAAAGUGUUACACAAUGGUUUGAAAACACAACCCGAGGCAAAGGUGACCAGGUUGUAAUUCUGUAUCCGUGAUGAUUCUCUGUUGAGGCCUAAAAAUGAUUAAUAGUUUAGCCUGUGGGUUAUAUAUAGAAGCAACCUCAAAAUUUCCCACAACUUCAAAACAUGGUGGGUCAGAUUAUUGUGUUGGCAGACAUGCAGUCUCCACUUAUGUUUUGUAAAAAGCACUCAAGAUCAUUGCUAUUUUUCUACAGGUUUGGCUGUUUGUGCAAAAAAUUGGCAGCGAAAGUGCCCUAUCUGCUAACACCUAUGUAGGCGUGUUGAGCACGUGCCAGCCUUAUGGAUAUUACACAAUGGCUGGGUGCACAAUUUUUGUACUAAUAAAGUUUCACUUAUUUGUA